CCUACCGAAGUACACCACUGCCGCGGACGGGAAAAGAAUCAAAAUCGUCGACACUUUACCCGUAUCCACUGCAGCAAAAGUACCGUUCUAGUAUGAACUGCAUCACAAAUUUUCUCAGCAUGAUGAGAAAUGAAAUUUGUAAUGCGGAUUUGCCUUAAAAAGGUCGAGAGUUGUAAUGCUAAUGCAUCAUCAUGAGUGCCGCGAUUACAACUACGAGUGCGAUAUUUUUGCAGUGCAUAACCCGACGCGCUGGAUUUUGAUCGAGAAGUUGCGAAGGAAUUGGCAGUGGAGCGGAGAUUCGCGCCCCAUGCGACCGUUGGUGUGGAGGAGAAGCAGCAGGGUCUCAUGUUGACGAAAUCUGCAGCACAGAUGAAGCAACAGCAGCAGCAGGCACUUAAAGCUAAAGGCAAAGAUAAGAACACCAACGCGGAGAUGACCACAGCUUCCAAUCGUCCGACCGCUGCGCACUUACAAUUCCAGCAGAUGUUCCAAGACGUGAAACUCCCAGAGAGCAGUAAAAAUCCAGUGGAUGACAAAACUCUCGGCUUCUUCCCGCCAAAUAAACGAGACACGUCCG